AAAGUGACUGAAGGAGGUCUCAAUGUCACACUUACCAUACGUCUUCUCAUGCACGGCAAGGAGGUUGGGAGCAUUAUUGGAAAGAAAGGGGAGACAGUUAAGAAGAUGAGGGAGGAGAGUGGUGCUCGAAUCAAUAUUUCAGAAGGUUCCUGUCCAGAAAGAAUUGUGACAAUAACAGGCCCAACAGAUGCGAUUUUUAAGGCUUUUUCUAUGAUUGCAUUAAAAUUUGAAGAGGACAUAAAUGCUUCAAUGACAAACAGCACAGUGACAAGCAAACCACCUGUGACAUUGCGACUUGUAGUCCCUGCAAGUCAGUGUGGAUCCCUUAUAGGAAAAGGCGGCUCCAAAAUCAAAGAAAUCAGGGAGUCCACAGGGGCCCAGGUUCAAGUAGCAGGGGAUAUGUUGCCAAAUUCAACAGAACGUGCUGUAACUAUAUCAGGCACUCCGGAUGCCAUUAUUCAGUGUGUAAAACAAAUCUGUGUGGUCAUGCUGGAGUCUCCACCCAAAGGUGCCACCAUUCCCUACCGUCCCAAACCUGCCUCUGCACCUAUCAUUUUUGCAGGUGGCCAGGUAAGAGCAGACACCAUUUUGGCUUCAGCUGGAAACCACACCGUCUUGGCCCAACCUCAGCCAGCGCCUGCGUUUACAAUUCAGGGGCAGUAUGCCAUCCCUCAUCCAGACUUGACCAAGCUUCACCAGUUGGCUAUGCAGCAUCCCCCCUUUACUCCCCUUGGGCAGACCACCCCUGGUUUCCCUGGAUUGGAUGCCACUACUCCAACCAGUUCCCAUGAGCUUACUAUUCCAAAUGAUUUAAUAGGCUGCAUUAUUGGCAGACAAGGCAGUAAGAUAAAUGAAAUCAGGCAGAUGUCAGGAGCGCAGAUCAAGAUUGCUAAUGCCACAGAAGGCUCUGCAGAACGACAAGUUACAAUCACAGGCUCCCCGGCAAACAUCAGCUUAGCACAGUACCUCAUUAAUGCAAGGCUGUCUUCAGAAGUUACUGGCCUGGGGGCUCUGUAA